AUGACGAUGACGAUAGACGCAAACCAACAACGCUUCGCACCAUUAAACCUAGACCACAUGUCUUCCUACUCGAACCAUCCCCAGUUCACGAACCCGUGGGCACCGUCAUCUCAGGGCGGCGCAGCAUCUCAGGGCGGGAGUCAGGGCAUGUACGUGGGCGGCCACGACGGCAACCCGACGCCUGGUGUCCUCCCCCAUCUCAACCUCAAUGGCUUGGCAAAGCACCCGCAGCCUGGCUCCCGGGCAAGUACCAGCAGCAGUGCCUCUCUGGCAUCCUAUGGUUCAAUGCCCGUGACCUCUGCGUCAGCAGGUAGCCCUCUCAUGGCGGACAUCUAUGGACAACAAAACUUACCUAGUAUCCCCCAAGAUCCCUCCAGCUUGAACAGGCUGCAGCACCAACACCAGCACCCGACAUCGUCGGCAGCCUAUGGAGACCCGGCCUACACAACCUCUGCCUCCCCCGUCAAUGCGCCAUAUGUAGCUUCGCCAACGCCCUACGAUCACCUAGGGUAUGCGCCUGCGCCCCUGCGAGGGGCCUUCGCCCUGGCACCAGACGCAGAGCACGCGAGAAGGUUCUCGCACCAGUCAGUGAACCCCCUCCGAGAGUCGCGUAGAAGCUUCCAAGACGCGCUGGAGGCGAGCCAUGGCAUGCUCUCAAUGAGCCAGGACACGCCGCGCAACAUUUACGACGUCCGGAACCGCAGCCGGGGAUCAGCCGACUCGUACGGGUUCCCUUCGGCCCAUUCGACGAACUCGAGCAUAUCAUCGGCCGGCAUGAACGGCUACUAUGGCGGCUCCGUCGACUCAUCGGUCAGUGACUACUCGACAGCAGGGUCUGAUAUCGAGUCCCUGUCUGGACGGACGUUGCCUCGGCCGCAGGGAUUAAUGUCGAGCCAGGCACCACCGGCACCUCAGUCGAUGAUGAGCCAAUUCAGCUCCAAGAUCUCGUCCAGCACGCAGAAGAAGCACAAGUGCAAAGUGUGUGAUAAGCGGUUCACUCGGCCCAGCUCGUUGCAGACUCACAUGUACAGCCACACCGGAGAGAAACCCUUUGCCUGCGAAGUUGAAGGCUGUGGCCGCAAUUUCUCGGUAGUCUCCAACCUUCGUCGACACCGCAAGGUGCACAAGAACCAGGGCCAGGGCGAGACACCCUCAGAAACAGGCUCUGAAGACCACCAAUCCGAAUGA